AUGUUCUUCCCCAAGAUCUUCGGGCUCGCGGCUCUGCUUACCCUAGCAAAGGCUGUUGAUCUUAAAGGUUACGAAUAUGUAGUUGUCGGCUCCGGAGCUGGUGGUGGUCCCCUGGCUGCUCGCCUCGCUCUCGCCGGUCAUAAGACACUUCUCAUUGAAGCUGGUGAUGACCAAGGCGCCAACGUCAACUACACCGUUCCCGCAUUCAACGCAAAGUCAUCAGAGGACCCCAAUUUGGCCUGGAACUUCUUCGUAAAGCACUAUGCCGAUGAAGAGAGACAAGCACGCGACUACAAGACUAGUUACACCACUCCGGAUGGCAGCAUAUACACCGGUCUCAACCCCCCCGCGGGCUCUGUCAUGAAAGGUACGCUGUAUCCUCGUACCGGAACUCUCGGAGGGUGCACUGCACACAACGCCCUCAUCGCUGUCUACCCUCACCGAUCCGACUUUGAACGUAUUGCCACCCUCACUGGAGACGACUCCUGGUCUGCGUCCAACAUGCGCAAGUACUUUGAGAGGAUGGAAGACAACCACUACCUUUUGCUCGACGGUCUGCUCAACGGUAAAGGCCACGGCAAGGAUGGCUGGCUUGGCACCGAUUACGCACCCAUUGACAUCGUCACCUCUGACCCUCAACUUUUGAGUGUGAUUGGCGGUGCCGCAUUCGCUCUUAGCAACGCCACCAACGCCAUUGUAAACCUCGGUACCCUCAUUGCUGGUGAUGCCAACGCCGACACCGAGAGCCGUGACAAGCAGCCCGCUCUCUACCAGAUCCCUAUCUCUACCACAGAUGGCAAACGUGUUGGAUCUCGCGAGUUCGUCGUUGCAGUUCGUGAUGCUAAGAACGCCGACGGCAGCAAGAGAUACCCUCUCGAUGUCAGACUCAACUGCCAUGUUACCAAGGUCACAUUCGACCAGACAGUUACUCCUCCCCGUGCCACCGGUGUUGAGUUUCUUGACGGCCAAUACCUCUACAAGGCUAGCCCCAAGUCCAGCGGCGCUAAUGGAACUCCCGGUUCUGCCACUGCUUCUCGCGAAGUCAUCGUUGCUGGAGGAACAUACAACUCGCCUCAGCUCCUCAAGCUUAGCGGUGUCGGUCCUUCUGAUGAGCUAAAGAAAUUCAACAUCCCCGUUGUUGCCGACCUCCCUGGUGUUGGUACCAACCUCCAGGACCACUACGAGAUAAAUGUCCAAGGAAAAGCACCCUCGGACUUCUCUGCUCUCAAUGGCUGCACCUUCAACACCGCCUCACCUGACCCUUGCCUGGAACGCUGGGAAAAAUCUAUUCUCGGCAACCGCGGCAUUUACUCCUCUCCUGGUCUCGGCGCUACCAUGUUCUACAAGUCCAGUGUCUCUGAGCGCGACGAGUACGAUAUCUUCGCCUUCGGUGGCCCCGUCAACUUCCGUGGAUACUUCCCCGGCUACGCCUACAACGCCACCUCCGAGCACGACUGGUUCACCUGGGCCAUUCUCAAGGCUCACCCCCGCAACACCGCCGGAACCGUCACUCUUCGCUCUGCUGACCCUCUCGAUGUACCGGACAUCACCUACAACUACUUCGACACCGGUGUCGGUGAGUAUGAGAAGGAUCUCACCUCGCUCACCGAGGCCGUCAACCUUGCCCGUGACUCCUUCAAGCGCCAACUCGUCCCCAUCAAAGAGGUCCUCCCCGGUGCGGACGUCAACACCCCCGAGAAGAUUGCACAGUACGCCAAGGACACUGCUUGGGGUCACCACGCCUCGUCGACAUGCCCCAUUGGUGCUGAUGACGACAAGAUGGCUGUUCUCAACUCAAAGUUCCAGGUCCGUGGCGUCACUGGAUUGAGGGUUGUAGAUGCCAGUGUUUUCCCACAUAUUCCUGGUACCUUCACUGCUGUGUCGACGUACAUGGUUGCGGAGAAGGCCGCGGAUGAUAUCCUUAGCGAGAUCAAGGCUUAG